AUGGCAACCUCAAAGGACAAGUCCAAGGUCCACAAGCUCUCCAUCAAAGGUGAGCGUUCUUCUGUCCCCCGCAUCUUCAAAGACUCACAAGCCAUAGGAUCUUCGAAGCUGGUGGCUGAAUUUUUCGAAUACUCGAUCAACUCAAUCCUUUUCCAGAGAGGGGUGUAUCCUCCGGAGGACUUCACGACUGUAAAGAAGUAUGGCUUGAACAUGCUCGUUACCGCCGAUGACCAGGUGAAAGCGUACAUCAAGAAAAUCAUGUCUCAAUUGAACAAAUGGAUGCUGGGCGGCAAAAUAUCCAAGCUUGUCGUGGUGAUCACAGACAAGGAGACUGGGGAGCACGUCGAACGGUGGCAGUUUGACGUGCAAAUAUUCGGCAAACACAAGAGUCAGUCGACCAAGAAGUCGGGCGAUAAAGAGAACGAUUCCCCUGGUGACGCCGGCCAGCCCGAAACCGUGGAGAAAACAGAAAAGCAAAUUCAAGAAGAGAUCCAAGCUAUUUUCCGACAGAUCACCGCUUCAGUCACAUUCCUUCCUGUCUUGGAUGGAGAUUGCACAUUCAACGUUCUGGUAUAUGCAGAUGCGGAUUCGGAUGUGCCCGUUGAAUGGGGCGACAGCGAUGCCAAGGAUAUUAAGAAUCCUGAGAAGGUUCAGCUCCGGAGCUUCAGCACCAACAACCACCGGGUAGAGACGAUGGUCAGCUACCGUCUUGCUGAUUAG